UCAAGCAACAAACUGUAACUCUAAUAAAACCAAAUUCCACAAUAAUAAGAAUUAUAAUAAUAUCAAACAUAAAAUAAAAGCCAACAUAUUAAUAAUAGAAUCAAUUGCAAAUCUAAAUUAAUUAAUAUUAAAAAAAGAAAUAUUCAAAAUAAUUGAAUUAAUUUGGUAGUGUUUAAUGAGCUUACUGUGUGCAUCUUUGUCUAUCGGUCGUGAAAUUAACAAACAAAUAAAAAUUCGAAAACGUAUUGAACUAACAUAAUUAUUAACCACACGAAUAUCUGUUGUCCAUGCAAAAUGUUUCCUGCCGUGCGCGUCUUGUUGUUGUGCUUCUUCUUGCUCUGACUGUAGCUUCUAACGAAAAGCAUCGUUUUAUGUGAAUUGUAUGCAAAUGAUGCACAUUGCAAGGCUAAAAUGAAACAAGAAACUGAAACUAAAAGCCAAAGCUGAAACUAGAACUAUAACUUUGGAAGCCAUUAAACCAACGACUUUGAUAACAAACUUAAAUAACUGCUAACGGCAAUUGUGAAAUUGUGGAAAGUGCAAUCAAAUAAUUUUUUGCUGACAUACAAUAAACGUAGCGCCAAAGGUCAGUCAAGGAAAAUGUGUAUUAAAAAUUGCGCCCACAUUCAAUUUGGGUGCAGCGACAGCAGCAGCAACAACAACAACGACAACAAUAGUAACAACAACAACAACACUUCAAACAACGACGACAACGUAAGCAAAGAGUCAGAAGAGAACGUUAGCCGGUUAGAAUACCAAUUCCAAUUGCAAUUGCCCAGAAAAUCAGCCAAAGGCGGCAAGUUAUCGAGCUUAAAAAUAUUCAUGUGUUGUUGCUAUUUUAUCAUCAUUAUCAUGUUGAUCUAAACAAACAAAUGAAUGUAGUGAAUCGAGUAACUAAAUAAUGUUUUAAUACAACGUAAAACACUCGCUGACAACUGCAACACACAUCAGCAGCUACGGCGAAGUCGGCCAUAAAAUAUAAUUUGAAUUAUCCAACUCUGCUUAUAUGUGUAUUAGUGGUAAACUAUUUCAGUGUCUAUCUUAAUAUCGAGAAUAAAUAAUAUAAAUGUCUACGUGUGUGCUUUAAAAUCAGAUUUAACCUAUUUUAAUAGAAAAAUAUGCCAUAAAGCAAAAUAAAAUUCGAGUUCGAGUGGUCAGUGUAUAUAAAGUGUGAAAGUGUGCUUUAAUAACGAUGGCACAUUCAAUAUAAGCACCAUGCUCUCUUUAAUUUAACAUGCAAACGAAACCAACAACUCCAAUCGGCAGCCUCAUCAUAAAGAAGACAUUCUCAAUCUAACAAAUCCACACACGAAUUUACAUAUACUAAUACUAAUUUUGCACACCGAACACUUCUGGCACCACAGCAAAAUGUUGCGUUUUCUAAAGAACCGUUAGACACGGCCCAGAUUAAGUUGCGCCUACCUACAGCACCAUCGCUCAACCUAUCUAUCAAUCUCUACCAUAUACCAUAUAUAUAGAUAUAUUAUAAAUAUAUUGUAUAUAUAUGUGUGCGUAUGCGUGUGCUUACUGUAAUGACGUCAUGCUUUUGGUGUAGCUCACAGAACGUUUAACAUGUCAUAGAAAAGCCUAGUUAAUAAAUUGUAACAUUCAAUAUAUGUGUCUACCAUAUAGUUCAUUAUAAUUUUAAGUACUGUUACUACAUGAUCGUCGUGUUCCUUGCAGCAAAUCCGUCUUUAUGUAUAAGUUUAGAUAAACAAUGAAAAUGUUAAGCUGUCAAAGUGCAACAAUGCAGCAAAAUAGUGCAACAAUUUAAUUAUAAAUUAGAGAACAAAGCAAAUUUGUAAAAUGUAGUCCAGCUGAUCCGAUCCGAUCUGACAAGGAUAAAGCGUGUGAGAGCGUGUGUAUAUCAACUGGCCAAAAAUUGUGCAUCUGAAUGUUAGCAAAAUAGAGAAAUAUAAAAACAAAAAACAAAAACAAAUUACGAUAAAGUUAUUUAAUGACAACGGGCUUUAGGACGCUUCCAUGUUAAACUGAACUUAUGAGCCACAGCAGAGUCAAAGGAACAAAAUAUAGAAACCACAAACAAAAGAAGAAGAAAUAAUUAAAAUAAUCCAUUCAAUUGCUUACAUGUAUAACGGUAGUGAGUGUGUGCAUGUGUGUGUGUUUUGGCUAUAGGCGCUUUUUGUACUCUAGUGGACACUAGUUAGACACAAUUACAAAACAAAUAUAUACAUAUACAUAUAGUUUAUAUAAAUGCAUAUAAAUAUGCGAAUUAAAUUUUAUAAAUAAUCCAGGCAGCUUUUAGCAAAAAACACAAACAACCGAAAUAGUAAAUGUAUUAGUUAAUUUAUUUUGUUAUGUAAUCCGAAGUGAAGUACAGAGCUCUAAGCAGAAGCAAGAAAGAUAAGAAAAAAAAUAUAUACAGACAAUACGCCCGAAAUAAAUAAAAAAUAUGCAAUUCGAUUGUGAGACAGAGCAUAUUUUUGAAAUGUUUAUAAGCAGAGAGUCAAAGUAUUUGUAAAAACCCAAAAGAAAUAAAAACAAAUUUUUAAAAAAUAGACAUCAAAGCGAUAACAAAUUUUUUGACAUAUAUAUACAUACAUAUAUAUAGAUAUCUAUAUAUUUUGAUAAACAAACGAAAACGAAAACGAAAACGAAACAAAGACAAGAAGUUAAGUGAAAAUAAUGCACAAAAUGUAUUUAUUUGUAUACCCUAGCCCAAGUUAAAUGAGGUUUUAAUUUAGUUAGUUCAAAUUUGAAAAAUAACAACACAUUUUUUACUUUCGAUGGUUUCACGAGAUUCAUUUCAACGAUUUUGUAUGUCACUCGGUUGAUGCUUAAGCAAGUAAUCCAAAGUACAAUCAUUUUUGUCAAACAGACACCCCAAAACAAAACAAAAGAAAACCAAACCAAAACAAACGAAACCAAAUAGAACAGCACAGAAGAAAACAAAUAAACACACAGAUGGAAAACUAUCGGAAGGGCAUCAAGGAUAGCAGAACAACAUUUUAAAGGUUAGGCACAUUUACAGGGACAACAGACAGACAACAAAACAACAACAAGUAAACAAACAAAACUUUUGCUAAGAAUUUUUAAAUUUAUUUUACACACGCUUUAUAUGAGCAACUGAAGAGAGAGUUUUUGCUUAAAGUGAGAUUUCAAAAGCGCAAAAUUGGCAUUAGAAUCGAGACAAUUGAGAUUAGAAUUGCUUAGACAGAAAUUCAAAACAACAUUCCUACAAACUGAUGAGUGAAUUGAAAAUUGUAAGAAGCGAAGAAGAGAAGAAGUCAUUAUAGAAAGUGCUAAGUGCAGUCAUUAAAUUAUCGAAACCGAAUGUUAAUUAAGUGCAAAUUCGUAGUCUGUAACUAGAGCUACACCUAAGCAGAAGCCGAAGCAGAAGCCGAAGCAGAAGCAGCAAAAUGUAUGCAGCUGCUGGUGGCGCCUCGUUGGCAUCGCGCCAAGCGCGUCAACGCCAGCGCCAGCAGAAGAAGAACCAACAACUACAAGCGAAACUACAUCCACCGAAAGCGGCGGGCGUCGGUGCGGGUCUCGGGGCAGCCGAUCAUGGCGGCGCCUCGACGCCAACGCGCAGCCAGUCGCGGCAGUUCCAUCAGCUGCCCACCAACUACUUGCGUGCCCCGCAGCCGCAGGGCCGCAAGCUGAGUGCCACCUACACGCAAUCGCGCUCGCUGCUGCCGAUCGAGGAGGCCGGCGACACGCAGUCGGUGCUGCAGUUGCGCAUGCACUCGCACACACAUGGCCCACACGCCCACGGACAUGCACACGCCCACAUGGGCGGACAUGGGCACAGCCAUCUGCAUCACAGUCAUCUGCAUGGCGGCGGCGCCGUCGCGGGUCCACCUCAGACGCCCUAUCAACAGUUUGCCUCGUCACACGGACGCGUCUCACCGAAGCUUGUGCAUCGUCACAGCGGCAGCAGCAGCGCUGGCUUCCACCCGGCUGCCACAUCGCAGCUGCACAAGUCGGCGACGGCAACGCUGCCGCUGGUGUCACAGAUGGAGCCGACGCCGCCAACGACACCCGCGUUGCCAUCGGCUGCGGUCGGCGUUAAAACGACAGCGAUGUCGUUGGAAGCAGGCGCCACGCCAGAGCCAGAGUCAACACUGGGCAUGGGCAUGGCCAUGGCCAGCACAUCCGCAGCAGCGGCGGCGGCGGCUGCCGAGGCCGUAGCCGAAGCCGAUGCCGCUGACCUGCAGCUGGCCGGCGCCGCAGCCAUGUUUGCAGCCCACCAUGAUGCGAUCAUUGUAACGCCGGCCACGCCCAUGGCCUCGCCGGGUCACGUGGCUGCCAUCAAGCUGCGUCGCGGCGAUCACGACCAGGACCACGACGACGAUGUUCUGCACGAUGCCGCCGAACGUCAGCCGCUCACCGCCGCCACCGAUGCCUACGACGAGGACGAGGCCAUGCAACCGCCAGCCGGACCGCUGGAGCGCAAGUGCAGCGUCUAUCGCAUGCGCCGCAGCGAUGCCUUCGAGCAGGGCGACGCCGGGGGCGGCGGCGUCACCGGCGGCCUCAAGCGUCAGCUGCGCGAGCUUCAGUUCCAGCAGACGCAGUACGAGCCCCUGGUAAGCGAUGAGCCGCAGAUGCUCUUCAAAGGACUGGGCAAUGGACGCAAGUGGCAGCUCUGCGCCUACUGCGAGGAAGGUAUCUGCGUCUGUGAGCACAUCGAGUGCGCUCAGGGACGCGCCGCUUGGCUGGAGCGCGGCCGCCGCUGCAGCGUACAGGAGCAGCAACAGCAACAGGCCACCUGCCAUCGACGCUGGGUGAAGCGUAACCGAAUACAAGAUGCCUCUUUGGGCGGCUCCUCGGACGAUGAAGAUUUCCUGGGCGUUCUACGAGGACCCAGCACAUUUGCGAACGCCUUUCUCUAUGUGGGACUUGGCACAGUGGCGCUGGGUCUGGUCAUUGCAUUUGUCGGCACCGGCGAGAAGGGUUUUAAAACAGUGGAGCUAAGACUUAUAGGGCCCUCUCUCAUAGGACUGGGCCUGAUCUGUUGCAUUUUACGCAUCCUCUUCUGCAUCUGUCCAUCACACUGCAUCUCAUCCAGCAAGAAGACGCGCAAGAAAAAUGGUAACAAGAUCGAUGCGGAUCACACAACUUCUCUGCUUCGCAAUGAGAGCAAACGCGUCUCCAUUGCUCGCGGACCUGCAGUGCAGCCCAAAUAUCCGAUUGCGCAUAAGCGCAGCCAGAGCAAGAUGCUUAAUGAGGGAAUGGAGGCACUGCGACAAAUUGCCACCACAUCGCUGUUCAUGCAAAACGAGCAGAAGACAGCGAUCAAUCGAGUUGUGCCCAUCAUCAAUGAGCCCGAGAGCAUGGAUCACAUGGGUGCUGAUGCGCCGCUAGAGAUGAAGAAACUGCAGACGGCUCUGAACAUGUGCGAGAUGAGCGAUGAGGAGCAGGAGAUUGUGCAGCAGCAACAGCUGCAGCUAGCCAAACGUACAGCAACAACAACAACUGCCGUUACGAGUAGUACCACCAAAGCAACAGCACCAACAGAAUCAACAGCAGCAGCAACGGCAACUAAAGCCACAACAACCCUGAGCACAGUAGAUGAAAAACCCAAUAGCAAAUUGGUGCGCCAACGUGUUGCACUGCAGCAACAGAGGCAACUGCAGCAGCAACAACGACAGCAACAACAGCAACAUCAACAGUUGCAGGAGCAACCGGAGCAGUCGCAGUCGUUGUCCUCCUCCUCCACCGUCAGAGAUUCGCUGGACGGCAUUGUGGUCGUCGAGGAAACUUCCCUAAUGGACACAGAGAUUGUGCCACCAACGACGACAUCAACUGCAACAUCAACGUCUACAUCGACGGCGCCGAUGCCGAUGGCAUUGCCAAGCAGCUGCAGCACCGGAGCGAUACCAAGACUCAAAAGCAAUACGGCAGCGUUCAGCACGCCAGCGCAACGUCCGGGCAUCUCAACGGGUGCCACGCCCAAGACGACCACAACGCCCACCACCACCAACAACAACACACGUCUGACCAGCUCACAAUCACAUCCCACAAGCUACGAUCUGCCGCCGGCGCAGCCGCACACCUAUUCAGCCGCGGCGACGGUGCGUGGUCCGCUGGGCAUGACGUUGACCGGCUCGAGUUCCGUCUAUGCGAUGCCAGCCAGCCGCUUGAGUGGAUUAACGGCAACGUCGAGUGCGUCGCCAACGCUCAGCACAACGACAACGAUCAGUUUGCUGCCGCUGCCCGCGCCGCCGACGUCAUCGAUAGCGGGCACUGCCAUGGCAAGCAUACCCGGCCAGGUGCUGGAGCCAACGGGCAUUGCAACCACAAGUCUGAGCAUAUUGCAGCCGUUAACAGCAGCCAAGGCAGCGACGGGGGCAACGGGGAUGACAGGGAUGACGUCGGCAAUGACAAUGCAGCGGCCAGCAACGGCCUCAUCGGCGUCUACGUCGGCGUCCCUUUUUGGCAUGGAGCACAAAUCACAGCCGUCAUCCGCAAGCGCAACAGUGGGAGGGCGUGGCAGCUCCCUGCUGCCACCGCCACAGCCAUCGGCUAGCAAAUUCGAGCCGGAGCUGGUGCUCAGUCCAGCAAAGCUUGGCCAAUAAAUGAUGAUGCGACAGUUAGUUACGAUUUUAGUUAGGAUUUCAUGCAGCCACAAUCUAGGUACCAUUGUGUGUGUAUGCGAGUGUGCUCGAAUGUUUGUGUGUGCGUAAGUGAGAGUGUGAGUGUGAGACUGAGUGAGUAUGAAUGUGUGCGUGUAUGUGUACUAUAACACUAUCUUUUGAAUGUGCCACAAGAUCAAGCAACAAUUACUAUAAACAAGAAGAAUCAAGAAACAAACAAACAAAAAACACUCCGUUAAAAGCCCAACAGUCGUGUUCUCAAUUCCCAAAUCCCCAAAAUUAUGCAAACCUAAAAAAAAUUUGCAAUUAUUUGUUCUCAUUUUCAACAUUUGAGAGAAGAACAAUGUAUUAUAAUAGAACCUAAAUUGGUGAAUUCAGAACAUGACUGACAUUACAAUAUACUGUUGAACCUUACAAUGAGCUUUCAGUGUCUAUUAAUUCCCUAGGGCUUGCUCCUUUUAAUGUAUGUAACAUAACAUAUAUUCUAUCAUUUUGAGAAACUUCUUGAACUGUUAGUAUCGACUUGUAUGUAUUUUUCUUUCUAGAUCAGAAUUCUCUUUAUUUUCCAACUCUGUGGCAAUUACAUAAUUGGCCAAGUGCUCAGCAAAAAAAAAUAAAUAAUGAAAAGAAAAUUGCCAACCCGCGCUUUCUAAAGCUAUCCCUAUAUUAGUCAGGGUAUUAUAAAGUUUGUAUACCAACAUAUCGUUAAAUAAAUAUACAACAGAUAAUAGAAUACUUAUAAUAACAAGAAAUUUUUGAAUAAAGCGAAGGAAAGCCAUGGUGUCGUCCAGUUGGUUCCCAUCAACUAAGAGCUAAAUUUCAAUAAGGAUUUCCGUGUGGGCAUUAUAAAAACUAAAAGAAUCAAAUAAUACAAAAGUAAUUGAAUUGAAAACAAAAGCAUGCAAUAUAACAAUUAGAUAUGUAUCCCCAAAAUUGAGUGUCCAUGUAGUUGAAUGUAACAAAUUAAAUAACAACUACACUGGCCCAAAAGUAACAAAUAAGUAGAAUGAACAGAAGCAUCCCUAAAACACAGACAGUUUCCAAAUGAGUCUUAAAACGUUGAAAGAGCUCUCAACCAAAAACAAAAGAAAAAACAAAAAAAUAAAAAUAAUUUAUAACAACAAAUUAUUAAAGUAUAAGAAAAUAUGAUUCAAUUUCGUUCAAUUUAAACACACAUUUUUCAUUUUCUCAAAGUUCUUUUCACUUUUUAAGGCACUUUUUAAAAGCUACUGCAAAAAUUCAAAUUCGAACAAUAAUGGCUGGCUCUUUCAACUAGCGCAUCGAAGAAAUUAUAAAAAAAAAAUCAAUUAAAUCGAUAAUGAUAGCAAAUAAAACUAAAUCAAGUGAUUCAAGAGAAUAAAGCUACAUAACAUUUGGGCAAAUAAUAGAAACUACUUAAUUGAAAAUAAAAUGUAUAACAAGCAAAACUAUGCAACUAAUAGAAAACUAUGAUUAUAAAGAUGAAAUAUGAAUUAGUAUGUAUGUCAGUAAAUGUAUGUGCAGAAUAAAACCGAAAUACAUAAA